GAGGAACGUGAUUUCGGAAAUUAGAGUGCGAUAGUGUUACUGUACAAGCACGGCAAUGAAUGCCUUUUGCACAUCAGCGACACAAAAAGUCCCCUCUUCCUCUCAAUAAUUGCAUUUGCACUCCUCUCUCCAUUUUCAUUUUUCUUUGUCUGUUGUCUGUUGUUUUCCCUUUCUGCUGUAUCUCCGGCGCCGGAAAACUCGAUAUUCUCCGGGAAGAGAGAGAGAGAGAGAGAGAGAGAGAGAUUGUGACGUUCGAAUGUGUUCGGCUCUUUCUCAGGACGCAACUACAGUUCGUCAUAUGUAGAGUUUCUGGUUUUGUAGGGUCUUUUGUCUCCAGAACUCCAUCAGCACUGGAGCAAAGAAAAAAAAGGCUUAACGUAGAGGCUGGCAAUAUGGCUGCAAACGCUAAGGGAGAGAUAGACACAAGUGCACCAUUUCCAUCUGUCAAAGACGCGGUUAUGCUCUUUGGCUCUGGCCGUACAUCGUCUCCAGCCGUCGAGAGGCCCAAACCAGGUUCCAAAGAGAGAGUAUUGACAAAGGAGAGAAAGCUUCAUCUUGCACAGAAAGAGUUGAACAAGUUGAAAGAAAAGAUCAAGAACGUCGAGACAACAAAGGCCGAGGCGCUGUUGGAGCUCGAAAAGGCGAGAAUAGCUGUUGAUGAUCUCUCUGACAAACUAAAAGUCGGUGGGAAUCUGGGAAAACAGAAGAAACGAGCAGAUUCUGCUCGGAAACAAGAUCCGGAAUUGGCCUCGGAGGAUCAAACUACUAUUUUUAGCAAAUUCGAUCAGAAAGAACAAGAGCUUGGGAAAAUCUGUCAGAACAUGAGAAAUGAGGAGGGUCUUGAUUUGGAUUCUGUGAGAGCUGUGACUUCAAACCUGGAUGUUGCCAAAGAAUCGCUUCAGAAGGUAGCUGAAGAGGAUCGCGGCUUAUGCAAAACGUUAGAGACCCUGGAACUCGAGCUUAAAAUCGUGCAGGACGUACAUGCACAGCUUAUAGAGAAGGAAAGAGAAACGGAAGCCAUUGCCAGAGACCUUCAGGCCCAACUCCAAAAAACCAAGACUGUUCUUGAAAUGUGCCUUGUUGAAGGAUUCAAGGCAAGUGACGCUUUAGGAGAAGCAGAAGCAGAGGAGGAGCUGAGGAAGGAAGCUGAAGACAUAAAGAUUGAACUACGAGGGCUCGAAGAAGAGCUGGAAACUACUCUAUUUGUGGCUGGAGCAGCAAGAGCUGCCGAGGAACGUGCCCUUGAACACGUCAACAGAUUUGCCUUGUCUGAGAGGGCUGAUGUUGAAGAGACCUCAUUUUCAGCGCCCGUUGCCAGAAUAACGAUGUCUCGGGAAAAGUUUGAGUCUUUAUGCCAGAAAGCUGAGGAAUUCAACAACUUAGCUGAGAUCAAGGUGGGUGCGGCCUUAGCUCAGGCAGCUGCUUCAACGGUUUGCAGGGAUGAAGCGCUCGAGACAUUAGAGAUGAGUCAGAGAGAGAUCAAGGAUUUACAGGCUGCGAGAAUGGAGGCGCUGAAGAAGGCUGUAACAGCUGAAGGAGCCAAAAGAGCAGUGGAAGCAGAGCUUAAAAGAUGCAUGGAAAUAGAACAGAAGAAAGCAAUUGAAGUAGCAACCUUGAUCUUGGCGGAAAACGAGUUUCCUGUCAAAUCAUCACCUCGUGGGCAUGUCUCAGAGGUACUGAAGAGGAACUCUGAAGAGAAACCAAAGAAGUCGAAAACACAGGUCUCUAAGAAAAUCCGUUUGCCACGUGUUGGUGGAAUCUUUCAUCGGAGAAAGAAUCAAGGUGAAGCCAGAUUCGCUUCUUGUCUUCCAAGUUAGAAACUUUUCUUGUAUAUAAUUUCUUAACCUUCUUCCUUAGUCUUUAGCAACGUGAAAAUCUGUGUUUAUGCAGCUCUGUAUAAUUCAACAAAUGAAUGUAGUGGAAAUGAGCUCUAUA